GCUGAACUGAAUUGAAGAAGACCGCCACGCUGUGCCCAUUCUCUCAUAGUUGUAGUUCCACGUAAGGUCAACGCCAAAUAAUACAAACUGCAACAAAGAUGCGGUCCAGUGUGCUCGCUAGAGCUCAUGAUCAUGUGUCAGAAUGAGUGUCAGAAGCUGUAGAAUGGGUCUUCAGCUGCUCCAUGCAGCGACAACGUCUUUGAAGUUGCUGAACAGGAGCAACAGGAGGUGGACGCCGUCGCUUGAUUACUAGGUGCGCCUUCGUCCUCCGACAAGCCUCCCACAUCGUAGGCGAAAGUAGACCGAUCCUACGCCGCCAGCUGCUGGAUGGGUGGUGCCCAGUGUCCUCAAGAUUGGUGGGUGGGUAGAUUGGAUCCUCAAGAUGGGUGGUAUCCUGUGUUCGGUGGAGAGUCCGACUCCCGAGCAGACUUCGCUACUGCGUGCCGCACUGGCCGGUGAAGGGCCCAAGGCGCAGGCACUAACAAUCAGCAUUGACAAACACCAGAAGGCUUUUGACCACUACUUCACACAGGGGAAUGGAGAGCAGGUCAUAACUGACUUUCUAAAGGAAAAUGUGUUAGGGUUUGACAACAUACCCACUGCAGCCCGAGCCGCACUCCUCCAAUUGGUCCAAAGCGAUGACGUUCGGAUGUUCCUGGGUAUACAGUCGGCGUUUUGGAAUUCGCUUUCCUCCAGUAACAGUGAUAACGCAUGGGCGUGGGCCCUCGACGCGUGGGCCAAUGACGCUGUCAAGAAGAACUUGCUGGCCUUUUCUAAAUCGGCAGCAAAAACUCUAACGCCCUCAUCCAAGAACGUUCACGGGGAACAAGGUAUGUCGGACCACACGGAGUUGCCUAUGCAACCCGCCCAGAGAGACUUGCCGCAAGAGCUCACGAGACAGUUACAGCAGGACAAGGAUGCUGCUGUCUCUAAGGCACUGAAUGCAGUAGCGGCAGCGGCUGUUGAAGACGCCCGGGAUGUCUUUCUUGAGCUUUACCGGCCGGCUGUGGCAGGAGAACUAGAUGAACAACAGCAAUCGGACUCGCACUCGAGCGCCGACCGCAGCGUCACGGACACGGUCAGCUUGAACGUGUUGCAUGACCUCCAAAAAGUAUUACUUUCUGGCGCUACUUCGGAAGUAGCGCCAGAAAGUAAUACUUUCUGGCCUUCCUGCUUGUUCUGUUGUGCACUUCCUGGUUCUGCGGCUGCGUUACAAGAAGCCAACAAGCUCCUCGCGCUCCCCGGGGAAAACAACAAACACGACGCUAGACAGGAGGGUCCCGGAAGUUGGACGGCAGACGGAAGUUGCGAUGCCACGCAGGGAAGGCGAAAAACGUUCUCUUCCCCCUUCGACGAACCCAUAGCGGACUUGGUUCUGGUGCUAGAAGUACGGAAGGACGGCAACGCCGGUAAAGUGUAUUGCUUCGAAAACAAUGAGCAGAUAAGCAGCCUCUUUCAGAAAAGCCGCUCCUCCACCGACAGCGAGCAGGUGAAGUACAAGGAACUGCAGACGCCAUCAACUGGCGGCAGUAUCCAGCUGAAGGACAAUUCGUUUUUGGUCUUGGUGGCGCGAAGGGUCUUCCUUUUGAAUGGCCCGGGAGGGCAGGCCAACGGCAACAACGCAGCGUACAGCAUCGAAAAGCGCUUUAGAGAGAUCGGCGACGUGGUCAUGGACAACAGAUUCAAGGCAUUAUUCGGAACAAAGCCGAGCGACGACAUCAUGGCCAAGAUAGUCACAGACUUGGUCACAGACAAGGCCGGAAGUGGGGGUCGCCUCUUCAACUGGUACAGGCAGUGGAAGAUUGCACAUCAGCCCGCUCUGCAGAAAAAAGCAGAAGAAGACGUCGACUACGCGCACCACUUUCAGACAUAUAUCCGUCAGUACCCGGGCCCGGUGGAACAAUCAAGUGGAGGCAGCGACUUUUUUGGAACCGGCUUCCAGUCCAUUUCACAACUACUCGGCAGCGGCGGUAAUGAGAAACAGAGUCAAUACUUCGCGUUCGUUGGGAGAGUACUGGGUUCUUCUUUAGCAUUUGCUAUACAGUCGUCUGGUGGAAUCGGAAAAAGAUUAGAAGAUAUGAUUCCGACUGUCCUGCCUGCCGUUCAGGGUGAUCCUGAUCAUGUGCCAAACGACAGCUCUUCUCUAAGCACACGACCAGAAGACCAAGAGGAUGAAGAGAUGAAGUUUUGGGCCGCUCUGGCGGGCGCUGGACAGCAAGCAAGGAAGGCGACACAACAAUUCUUGGUAAAACCGCAUCAAGUGAUAUCAGAAUUGAUUCAUGACGAGUCAGGCGCGGCCGCGCUAUUCGAAACCACAAUAGGAGCUUGGCUUACGGAGCAAAAAGACACAACAGCAGGCAACCCGCGACCAGUCCUAUUUUUCGCCUUUCAAGUUGAAGGGCUGGCGAAAGAGAUCGUCGGGAAGAUCAAGAUCGGCCUUGUUCAAUGGACAAAACUUGACUUCGGGACCGAACGUGAGCAAGCGAAAAAAAGACUCCAGGACUUGAUCAGGGUUUGUCUUGAUGAGGUUCAGACUCAAGCGAUAACGGCUCGAAACACGAAGGCGUUUUUCGACGCGCAGCCCAAGCUGUUCAAAGAGUUAGACAGACAUCUCAAUUACCAGAAUAAUUACCAGAAUAUUUUGGGACGCCGUCGAUCAAUGCAGCGGCCAUUGGACUUAGUCACUGAAAAAGCCAUUGCAGACGUGGUUGACCAAGUGACCCGACACGCCGCUCCCCCGGAACAAUUGCAGACGCGGUUGACCGGUAAUGAAGAAAGUACCGCGGUUCUAGGACUAGCUGAAUUUGUAAAAUACGUAGAAGACCGUGUUAUUGUGGCGAGGACGAGGGCGGCGGCGGGAGAACAACAAUUACAAGGCCCGGGAGCAACAACGGGGACUACAGCAGCGGACGCCAUAGCUACCGGCUUCCGAAGCAUUUCGCCGCUAUUUGAAUUCGGCGAAUAUUCAAUGAAUUUGGAGGACGGGCGGCGGGAGGUCGGCGAGAGAAAUAUUUUUGUCGAGUUUGUUCGUCGGGUUUUCGCAGGAGCAUUAUCGAAAACAGCGGAAAUCGGAAAGACGGUAGAUGAGUAUCAGCAAACGCAGCUUCAGACGGCUAACACGAAAACGGAAACACAAGAUGAACCGACGCCGGAAACUACCCACACCAUUCAGACAAAAUCUUUCGCGGAAAUCAACACCAACCAGAAUCGCGUCGGCGGGGCUGCGCAUAUUGGGCUGAAACACCAAAUCGCAUCAGAGCAGCCGGCGCAAAACCACGACCAGCAACUGCCGCAGUCUCCACCUUCUUCUCCGCGCCGGGCUAUUGCCGAGAUUUCGUUUUCGAUCACUGCUACAACAAAUGAAGAGUUGCUAGCCGAUACCGACGCUGAAGCUGCUGGUCCGAAUUCUGGACAAGGGCAACAACAACAAGAAUUUCAGGUGGAACUGCAGAAAAUGAACGCCCGGGAUGCUGCGAACAUUGCUUCUUCUUUCACGGAAACUUCCGCGCUUGCUUCCUCCACUGGAAGUACUUCUACUACCUACAGCAGCCAACAAACGGAGCAGGAAGAUCAUGAUCAUCUUAGCGAUGAGGCACGCAAGGAAAAAGACCAAUCAGCAGUAGAAUCAGCGAACAACGUGAACAAGGACACGGAGAACGAGAAGGUGGGAAAGGGUACAACUACAAUGGCGGGGAGUGGUAGUAGUACAUCGACCUCCUAUCAAAUGUAAAAAUGUCUGGGUCUGGAAGAUUGCCAGGUUUGUCAUGCAUAUUUUUAAUGACCCAUGAUGUCUGUGAUGCAUGCCCUAGCAUCACAGAUUUUUAGAGGACUUCGUGAUGCCUCUACCGCACUAGAAAUGCCCUCUCCACGUAGCACAAACUGGAGUCCUUUUGCUGGUCAUGCAAUACAAAUUUUUUUAGAAUCCAGAGGCAGCAUUACAAGUUUCGAAUCUUCCAGACCCAGACAUUUUUACAUUUGAUACCUCCAAGACGAACGCGAAAGUGGACGCGUACGACCUGCGUGCGGAGUAUGGGGGUCUCAAGCGUAGUUACAUAUCAAAGAAAAAAAGUUCGUCACGGUCACUGAUGCGCAUUUUUGCAAUACAAAUGCGUUUGUCAUGCGUAAAAAUGCAUCACAGCCGAACUUCAUUAGGGAUUUCCCUAGUGUUUCUGCAAUACAAGGAAAAUUUGUGAUGCUAAGAAAAUUUGUAAUGCAAAACCUGCAAGUUAGUGACUGUGACAAACUUUUUUCUCUCCAUAUUACACUCUCAUCUAUUGCUGCGUGAGUUCGUGAUGCAAAGAUAGCACAAGCGAACGGGGGGAACUUGUUCUCGUCGCACCUCUCGAAUUACAAAUUGGAACAGAUUUAUUUUCGCAUGCAGUUUGGCCCCUCAAAAAUUUGUCAUGCAGGGUAGCUUGGUCCUGUCGAUGGAUGCUCAUGAGGAUUUUGCAUGACGAAUCAUGUAAGAACUGAGAGUGUAACUACACUUGAGACCUCGACACGGAGUUGGAGGAACUCAUGCGGUUUGCGCAGAAGCACGAAUGGACUCUGCAUUACGCAAUACAAAUGAAAAUCUACUGCACGUGUACAGCUACAACAUGCCAUAAUACAAAUUUUCUUCGCAAAAAGUUUGCUUUAUUUGAAAAAUCAAACUCAAAGUCGUGCAGGUGGAAGAGUUGCAGUGUUUUCAUGCUGUGACGUACAGGUGUACGCGUGCGGUAAAUUUGCUGUGGAUACGCCCUUCGGUAUCCUGACGCCUGCUUCAUGCUGCGUUUUCGUUUUGGCGGCGUAUUACUUUGGUGUCGUUCGCUACGAAGUGCAAAUGUGUCUGGGUCUUCUGGGUCGGGAGGAAAGUUGUCAUGCAAAAAAUUGGUGAAGGAUGGGAUGACGACACUCCACAGGCAAGCAUGACAAGAUUUUCAGAGACUAUGCGUUCCGUUCUUCUCGUCAGAAACAGAAACUGCUGUCUUGCAUUUUUGCAAAGAAUGCGCACUCCACUUCCUGCUCAACAAGCAUCAGAGAAUCAACAACCACUUUUCAACAGAAACGCACACUCAUACCAGAAAAAAGAACAAAUUUGCGUUGCUGCAGUCCUGUCACUAGAACCUCUGUAAUGCGAAGACGAAAAGUCAAAGUACUUUAGCUAAAGAAGGAACUUCGUGUCGACGUGUAGAGUGCAGCGUGUCAUUCUAGUUCGCGACUGGAGGCGCGCUCGGACAUAUGCAUACAGUAAAGGUUUUUCACGCUGAGCACCAAGAGUGAGCUUCAGUUUUUGUGACACUAAUAAAACCCGCAGCGCAAGUUUUUGUUUUUUUGGUGCUGGGGAUGAGAUGUGCUUUGCUUUCUGUUGAAAAAUGGGCGUGCCAGACAAGUAUUAGUCUAAACAAGUCUGCGUGUCCACCUUUCCAGGCCCAUAGCCAAACAUAUUUGCAAAGCUGCAUAGUUGGCGAGUAGCUGCGAUUUGCUGUUGUCAAAACAACGCCUGGUGCUGCCACAAUGCGGAGACCCGGGCUAAUCGGAAGGCCAGACGGCAGAGACUAAUGGCUAACGAGUGCAUAGUGGCGACGCGGAUGAAGAAUGACGAUAGUAAAAAAGAUAGACAGCGAGGGAAAGAGCCACUUGGCCAGGGUCUCGCCGGUCGCGAGGAAGAAGAGAAGGAGCAAAUGCGGGAGGCGAUUUUAAACGAAAAAGACCGAACGGGUGUUGAGUACGGCGCCAUUUGCAUGGGCAUGUUGGAGGUAUAAGUGUGGUCUUUUUUUCCAUUUGAGUCAAAGACGGGGCUGUCGUGGUUAUUUUUGCUUUCCACGAUGGUAGAAAGACAUCACCGAUGAAGCCCCAUUUACUUACAAUUACACCCAGGUAUCCCCAACCAUUUCGGAAGAUUCACAAGAAUACGGAACACGGAAAAAGUGCUACAGUUACACACCUGGUGGAACUUCAGAGAAACGAAGUUGCUUGCUACGCAUGACAAAGAAGAGCUGUACUAGUCCGGGGAUCGCUCCUAGUGAAGAAGAACACGCGGGGAAGUAAGCUACAUAAUAAAGGUCGCCUGUGAUGGUCUUGCAACCCAGUGCCAGUAUGUAACUGCAGCGCUUUUUCCCAUGUACGAAGAAUCUCAGUUGCCAAACGGCGACGCGCUGCAACGUUUGGAUAAAGACCCGAAAGAAACAAGCGACUCCAGUGACGGCGAAAGUGAUUUCCAUACCCAGAAAGAAAAGAAGGUAUAGUAGAUUAUACGCACUCGCACGGAAGGACUAAAUAUUUUGCUUGCGCCACGAUGGGCCAUGGGCAUGGGGCAUAGAGCAGUGUUGGAGUUUUGAUCUGCGUGGCGUAGUAGGUGCCAGCGCCACUUAUUUCCUUGCACAACUUGGGUCGCUCUUGUACUAGCAGCACCACAAUGAACUGAAUUUUAAACGAAAGCAUUUUUUUGAAUCGCCAUUGCCAUGUGUAUGCACGAGCCAAACGCGUGGACAUGACAGAGUGGGAUCGCGCAAUGGUCGAAGUUCUUUCUUGACCACACCAAAAUGAAAAAAAAUCAUUUCAAUCAGGUCUGCUCAUCAUCCUCUCCGCGUGGAGCAGUGCUCGUCUUCGGAGCGAAAACCGGACAAAAGGGGUAUCCAUAGCAAGUAUCUGACAUGUCGGGAACAUCUCGAAAAGCUGGACUUCUCUUGUGUGAUAUCUUGCAUCUGUAACGCGCCAACGCCAGACCCGGACGCAUGAAAAAAGCAGCAAAAUCCUUUUGAUGAAGCCUGGUUGCUGGUGCGCCUGCACUCUGAAGGGCAAUUCUUAUUCAGGAUUAAGUUCCCAGACAGAAAAAGUCUUUGCGUUUCAUAGGGCAAAGAUGAUCAAUAUGAAGAUGAACGGUGACGCCGGUGGAGAGAGCAUGAACCAGCAGCACUCGUCUGGACAGGUGCGCAAGAGCAGUCGAUCGAAUUCGUGGAGGAUGGACGAAGCGGACCCACUCAUUUGCUUUUCGACGAAUGAUGCUGAUAGAUCAAAAUCGCGCAUGCCAACACUAUAUAUAACUGUGAUGAUCAUGAAUGAGUAAAUUGAAAAAUUCUUUGUGACAUCGACCAGGUGUACCGCAGCGGAACUUUCUCGCACGGCGAGAAAAGCAAGAGCAAUCUGGGUGGACGGGACACGACCGGCACGGUCACGACGAUUAAUUUUUCCAGCAGGCAGGCGGCCGGACUGACGGCGGGCGGUGGAGCGCAUUUCGAAGAAGCUGAAGCUCAGGUAUGUAGUGGAUUUGCUGGCCCUCUUCGGCACAAUCGUCCUCGUUGUCAUGCAGAAGGUGCAGUAGAGCGCUAUGGCGAGUAAAUGACUUUCGAUGUGUAUAGCGUUCUUGCUCCUGGAAAAUUUGCGUUCUUCACGUUCCAGGUUCUCGCUUCCAUCAAAGAUUGCCACAUCGUCAGAACAACAAGAAAGACAGGAGACGAAAUCAUAGCAAAGUACUCUACACUACAACACAGGCAUGGUUCACGUCCCAACUACAGAGCCAAGCUUUGCCGCAUUUACGUGCUACGUCCUCCGUGGAUGGCCAGGUAGGGGAUUAUUUGCGGUUACGUUUUAUUUCCUACGCCUGUAGAAGUUAUAGUUUUGCUUUGUAUGGCGUUCUCAAGCGUUACAUUCUCAACUGUUACGUGGUUUGUAAUGUAAAUUUACAAGCAAGAUCGCCACGAUUAAGCUGCUUCGCAUGACAAAUCUCCGAAGGGCCAAACAGCAGCCAGAUCUACGCCAAAUCUGUAAUGCAAAAGGCGCAAUCUUCCCCCUUUCACUUUUGCCGUUCUUGCAUUGCAAAUUCAUGUAACAGCUGAGAAUGUAACAUUUGAGAACGCCAUACUUUGUUAUUUGCACUUGUUCCAUCGCACGGCUUUUUUAUUUUAUUUUCGUAUCGUAAUCAUCUGAGUCUGACGAAGACGACCCAUUCUUUUUCUUUGGCUCGUCAGGUGUCCUACGAGAACGUCCCUGACAUGGCCACGACUCGUCCGAGCCGUACCGGGCGGGAGGAAGAUGAGGAGAAAGGGAUGCAGUAAACAUAUCAAUGUGCACAACUCCCCCUCCCCCUCAUUUGUCAUGCAAAAUACCCAGUCCAGGCUUUGCCUCCGAGCACUGUUUGCGUGACAAGUUCUGGCAGCCCAAAGAAAUAGCACUACAAUCCUGUGCAAAUUUGUCAUGCAAAACCUGCGCACUGGCUGGGGCUUGUAUUGCCGUUCGUGCUAUACAAGUCAGGGGGAGGGGGAGUUGUGCACUGUCAUACAGCAAUCACUUGGAUCAGAAAGCCGAGCUUUCACGUUGAAAAUUGAGAGAAAAGCCAUUGCAAUUUUUUUUUUCUUUUGGUUUUGAAUCGCUUCGAACAAAAGCUUCCACAGAACUAGUAUGGGAGACGUAGUAGAAAGCAAGAAGAUGAACUGUACGUACGAAUGAUCCAGCGUGUGAUUUUUACGAGAACGCAACCAGUAGCCUCCUCUGACGCUCCUAGGAAUUUGGCGACGCGUAGCUGCGUUUUCACGUCGAAGUUGCAUUUUUAUUCCAGACAGCUGCAAGAUAAUCCGAAAACAAGAGAAGUGGUCCUCUGUACUAGGCAACGUUUUAUCUACCGGUAGGACGAAAAGAAGAGUGCUCAACAAGCAAGGAUAAGGAACAAUAAAUCAGGCAAUAUCUAUGUAAAGGUUGAUAGAUGUUGCCAUUUUGUCUCAAACACUUUUACAUCAAAACAUAGCACGCAGUAUCAUUCACAUUUUCGCACCUCUGAAGAAGAAGACGCUGAUGCCUGCCUUCCUCUUGUCUUCGUUGCGGAACUUGAAUAGUGUUUCAAUGUAGCAGUCUUUUAUAAUUGCACUCAGCUUAGAACAAACAAGAAGCCACGUCUUUCCACUGCACAGAAAGCUGUGAUCAGCACAGCUACUGCGUCGAAGCUUAAAAUUUUAUUAUUUCAGGUCGAGUAUAAUUUUUUUUUUUGAUAAUUGAAAUUUAUAAUGAGCCUGAAGCUUCAUCCACUUCAGGUAAGUUUAUUUUCGUGCCCAGUGUCCUCAACAGCAGGAGCGCUUGCAAUUUUAUGAAAAAACUCUCUUAGUUACGCAAGAAAAACACUAUUUUACUAGUACACAAAAUUAAUUGCAGGCUUGGUCCAGAUGAGAAGAAAGAACUGCCUCGCAACAUAGCUAGGUGGUAUGCGAAGAGGAAGGCGCAUGCGCACCCUCUGCAGCAGACCCUGAUGCUACUGCAAUUUUUUUCUUGAGUAAAAGCAUGGCGGUCCUGCGUAUGCGAAAUCAGAACAAGCCCUGUUAUGCAACGCAUAAGCGUCGUUGCAUGGAGAGGCUUCGUUUGGGCUCGCAGUUGCAUCGAAUCCGAGAGGAAGCAUGCUCAGAGUAAUACUAAUAAAUUGCAAGUCCAUCAAACAAUAAGUUUAAGUGUCGACAGCUUCCCACUUCCUUCAUAGAAUAUUAAUAGUUUCAACUACGAAUAAUUCUGUGAUGUCCUCUUGCUGCUCAAGCGACACAAUUUCGCGCAUGGGCACAUCAUGCCGAAUUGUUAUGUGGGUCUAGCUCUCGUCGUCGCUCCUGCGUGGUUGUAUGGACAGCGGUACGCAAGUGAAACAAACUUUGAACUUCGAAGAGUCGAUCUGUCAGAAAAGACACAACAGUCAGCGAUGAGUAUUACGUACUUCAUUUUAUUACAAAAUUAAUAGAUCUUUUUUCUCGUUCAAUUUAUGAAGAGAUAGCACCUCCUGUUACUCUGCAGAUAUAAGAUAAUUGUCGAGAAAUUGAAAUAUAGAAAGGCUUUCGUUUCGCUAGAUAUUUAUCAUUUGAUUAUUUAUUUAUUUUAUUUUCUUUCAUCUCGCGAAGGCGAGAAUGUUAAAGGGGCAGCAGCUGAACAAUUACAAAUAGGAAAUAGUGCGCGGAUAUUAAUAAAUAUUCCUCCGCACCACAUCCACGUCAUUUCGAUUUCCGUUUCGUUGUUUGUUAGGUCACGGGAAAAAUUUUGGAUCGACGCAGCACAAGAAUGACUGCACUAUUAUUGUAGGGCUCUAUUUUUCGGAGUUGGUAGAUGAAAAUUGCUUCGGAACUUUCAUACAGGGGAAAAUAGGCACUGCCAUGAUAGAUUUAUCAUUGUCGUGAUAGAGCUGUAGACCUCCACCGGGAAAGAAAGCGAAAGCCUUCUUGUUGUCGAAGCAAAGAAGGGUACGCUUUUUAGCAACAAUACAAUACAUAGAAUUGUAGCAGCUCUUGAUGCAACGGCGCUCGCGUCGCAGGAGGUGAAGCGAACAAGGAGCAAUAUCCUUCGCGGACGAAUGGCGAGGUUAGUAGCUGAUAGCAAAAUCAGAGAAGAUGAAAGCGAGAUAAUUUUUAUAACCAGCAAAUGCAACUACCUUUUUUGAUGAUGACUUUGUACAGUAGAGCAAG